AUGACUCAGGGUGAAAAGAUCUCAGUGGCAUUCGUAUGCCUUGGUAACAUUUGUCGCUCACCAAUGGCUGAAGCAGUUUUCCGCCAUACUGUGAAGAGUAAAGGUUUGGAGGAUAGAUUUAGUAAGAUCGAUUCAUUUGGUACUGGUGGUUGGCACACUGGGGAGACACCAGAUCGCAGAUCCGUCUCUACCUGUCGUUCUCAUGGAGUCCCAGUUGAUCAUAGGGCAAAGCAAAUAAAACCAGCACAUUUCAAUGAAUUUGAUUAUAUCCUCUGUAUGGAUGACAUGAAUUUACGCAAUCUACGUCGUAUGCAGCCAAAGGAAUCAAAAGCUAGAGUAGAAUUGUUUGGUAAUUGGAAUAAAAGUAAUGGUAAAUUUGAAACUAUUGUUGAUGAUCCUUAUUACGGUGGUGUUGAUGGAUUUGAACAUAAUUUCCGUCAAAUCACACAUUUUAGUGAAUCAUUCUUAGAUAGUGAAUUGUAA